AUGCCUUCAAACUUUUUCAGCAGACGAUGGAAACAGUCUGAUGCCAAGGGAAGAUCAUUUCACCUGUCUAAUGGAUAUGCUGGGACGAGCAGUCAAGCACUGUUGGGUGCUUGUUAUGUACAUGGCAAUGCGGAAAUAGGCAAGAGGGUAGCUAAAAAGAUGUUGCAACACAGAAAACAAGUCUCUACUUCCCAUAUUACCCUUUCUAAUGUUUAUGCAUCUGCCGGAAUGUGGAAUGAAGCAUAUGGAGUUUCUGAUCUGGAGUUCUGGAGGUUUUAUAAAAGUGCACAUUUAUCUCCUCAAACGAUUCGCCUUUUUGAGGCUGCUCAUGCAACUGUUUUCACUGUGGGGGAUUCUUCUGGCUGGGAUUUCAGUAUGGGAAACUGGACAGAUGGGAAACACUUCAAGGCUGGAGAUGUACUUGUUUUCAACUAUGAUGCUUCUGUGCAUAAUGUGGUGGCUGUAGAUUUGAAUGGAUACAAUAGGUGCAGUACUUCUGCCAACUCCAGGACAUAUACUAGUGGAGAAGAUAGGAUCAUGGUUUCAAAGGGAAAUCACUACUUCAUAUGUAGUUAUCCAGGUCACUGUGAUGCGGGCAUGAAGAUUGCAGUCUUUGCUUCUUGA